UAUUGCUUCAGAGUUUACAUAGCUUAUAUCCUGUCCAAAAAUUAUUUUCAUUUCUUUCCUUUCCUUCACAAGGCAACCCGAUUUAAAAUGUGUUCAACUUGAACUGGGUGUUCUUUAUGCAGCGGCCAGCUAAUUAAAGAAGGUCUGAUUAACCUGACUACUGGCGGUGUCGCUCUCUCUCUUACAAAUCAGUCCCCCCUUCUUUUUUUUUUACGUGGUCUGUGUUCUGAUGGCUGUGCAUGGCACUCCGAGACGAGUGCAUUGUGUCUGGUUUCAAGCAGGCGGACUGACCCGCUACCUCUGGGGACGUAUCGACAGAGCACUCCAGAGAGCCACACAGAAAGAGAGAGCAGAAAAAUAGAGAAAGAGACACAAUAAAGAGGAUCAAUAACGGGCUGAGAACAUCUAAAGCCUUUUUUUCUUUUUUUAUAUAUAUAUAUAUAUAUAUAAAGAAUAGUCAUUACUUCUUGGGAAGAAGCAGCAGCAGCAGCAACAAAAAUAAAAAAAAUAGAAGGAAAGAAAGAAAAAGGCUGCCACCGAAAGGAUCUAAUACAUUUUGAAGGAAACGACUCCUUUGGCUGAGGAGAGAGCACAGAGACUCCUGGGCUGAUUAGCAUUCACGGCAGGAUUGAAGCUGUCAUGGUCCUAUGAGCUACUUUGAAAAGUUGCAUAUCGCAAGAAUACGCAUCAACAAAGCAUUUCAGUAAAGUAAUUGUAAAUGUAUACCGCUCCAAUGAAGAUCUGCAGUAGACCCCGGACUGACUUGCCUGAAGAGUGAGGAACAGACCAAAAAAAGACUUGAGCAGAUACUCAUAAACCACAACAGCUGAAAGACAUUUGGUAUCUGCAGAGAAGAAUGAGAUUACUCACUGGGGCAGACACUGCACCACGCUGGUCUUCCUGUGCCAGCAACCUGUAGCUUUCCAACUGCGACUUCACCAGCUUCACAAACACAUACUCACCACAGCGUCAUCUGACCGUGACAUCAGUUGCAAGGGGAUGACCGAGCGCAUUCACAGCAUCAACCUCCACAACUUCAGCAACUCUGUACUUGAGACCCUCAAUGAGCAGCGCAACCGUGGCCACUUCUGUGACGUGACAGUUCGGAUCCAUGGAAGCAUGCUGCGUGCCCACCGCUGUGUGCUGGCUGCUGGGAGCCCCUUCUUCCAGGACAAGCUCCUUUUGGGCUACAGCGACAUUGAGAUUCCCUCAGUGGUCUCGGUGCAGUCCAUCCAGAAGCUCAUUGACUUCAUGUACAGUGGAGUGCUGCGAGUGUCCCAGUCCGAGGCCCUGCAGAUCCUCACGGCAGCCAGCAUAUUGCAGAUUAAGACUGUCAUUGACGAAUGCACGCGCAUCGUCUCACAGACCGGGGGCACUGGGGCCAGGGGGUACCCCCUGAUCCCUGGGGACUCGGGCCAGGAGACGCCCAGGGGAACACCGGAAUCUGGCACCUCUGGGCCCAGCAGUGAUGCCGAAUCUGGUUACAUGCAACCUCACUCUCAGCAUAGCUUGGACCGGAUCUACACGUCCUUGUACACCUGUCCCGGGAUCUCCAUGCAGAAUGGCACAGGAGAGCAGUCGUAUUAUGGAGGGGCGAUAGUAGGUAACUACGAAACGUCUCUGGCACUCCAAAAAGACCAGCACGUGCAAGAGCCUGCCUGGAUCACCCGCAUCCACGAAAGAACACAGCAGAUGGAGAGGUACCUCUCCACCUCAGAAACCACCCACUGCCGCAAGCAGCCCCGUCCAGUCCGCAUCCAGACCAUGUCGGGAAACACGCACAUUAAGCAGGAGGUAGAGGACGACUAUGACUACUACCAUCAACAGAGGACACAGGUCUUGGAGCGUAACGAAUCUGAAGAAUGCACUGAAGACACAGAUCAGGCAGAGGGUACAGAGAGUGAGCCCAAAGGAGAGAGCUUCGACUCUGGAGUGAGCUCCUCCAUUGGGACUGAGCCUGACUCUGUGGAGCAGCACUACAUGACUGUCUUCGGCAGAGAAGGCCACCAGGACAUCACGCAAACAGAACAAACUGAACUGACCGAACACACACAGCAGGUAGAAGUCAAUGACGACUCCUCACCUGAGCAGAUGAACGAUGUUGAUGCCGACACAGGGGAGUCUCAGAGCGGGGGGGACGUUACCAUGGUGAGCGAGAAGGGAUCUCUACAGCCUGUAGCCAAUCCCAUGAUAUCAAAGCAGGUGCCCAGCACCCAGCUUUACCUUCGCCAGCUCGAUGGCCUCACCAGCAACUUGAGAAUGCCGCUGACCCUGACCAGCAACUCACAGGUAAUUGGCACUGCUGGAAACACUUACCUGCCAACCCUGUUCGCCACACAGUCGGCGGGCAGCAACAAGCCCUUCUUGUUCAGCUUGCCGCAGCCCCUGGCUGGCCAGCAGCCCCAGUUUCUGACUGUUCCGCCACCCAGCUUGCCCCCCUUCUCCACCCCGCUGUCUGCACAGCAGCCCCCGGGGCAGCAAGCUGGGCAGAGCACAGCAAGUGGCCAAGGAGAGAAGAAGCCCUAUGAGUGUGCACUCUGCACCAAGACAUUCACUGCGAAACAGAACUACGUCAAACACAUGUUUGUACACACAGGUGAGAAACCACACCAGUGCAGCAUCUGUUGGCGUUCUUUUUCCUUGAAGGAUUACCUUAUAAAACACAUGGUGACGCACACAGGGGUGCGGGCGUACCAGUGCAGCAUCUGCAACAAGCGCUUCACUCAGAAGAGCUCCCUGAACGUUCACAUGCGUCUCCACCGCGGCGAGAAGUCCUACGAGUGCUACGUCUGCAAGAAGAGGUUCUCCCACAAGACCCUGCUUGAGAGACAUAUGGCCCUGCACAGCACAGGCAGUGGAGGCCCUGUGGCAGUCCCUGUCUCAGUUCCCGUCCUUAAGCCUGAACCCGGAGCUUUGGCUGGCACCGUCAGGACCGGGGGCGCUAGUGUAGGAGUGGAAGAGGGAGUUGGAGUUGCAGCUGAAGCAGGCUGCCAAGAGGGGACCACCUACGUGUGCUCAGUCUGCCCUGCCAAGUUCGACCAAAUUGAGCUGUUCAACGACCACAUGCGGAUGCAUGUCUCGGAUGGAUAAGUAAAAAAAAAAAAAAAAAAAAAACCUCUUGAGAAAAAAAAAAGAAAAUGGCACUAGAAUUUUUUUUUUCUUAUUUGGGGCAUGAAGAGUUAUGAGUUAUAGACACUGGCACAUUAAGUUACCCAGAGACAAGAUUUGUUGGUAUUCUUAGAAGAAGAAAAAAAAAAAAAAAAAAGAUGGUGGCCUUAAGGCUAUGUAGUUUGUUAGUGGUCCACUGGCUGGAUCCUGGCUACAGGCCUCUAAAUGUAUCCUUUCUUCUUAAAGUGGUUUAUGUGUUGAACACUACAAAAGGCCUACUAUCUCUAAAAAAGCAAACACGUAUAUACAUACAGUAAAAUAAAAAAAAUAUAUGAUUUAUUUUUUUCCCAUUUAAGACCUUUUUGGAUGCUAUAAAAGUCCAAGCUAACUGUGGUAUACAGGCCUCUUGAAAAGUACUUGGUUUGUACUUAGUUUCCUUUCUAAAGUAAUGAUGGUCACAAGUUUGCCUUUUAUAUAUAUGAUGAGAAGAGGAGCGUUAUCAGAAUGACACUGGGUUAUUAUUUAUUGUACUCCUGCAUCCAGCUGGCUAAUGGUAUAGAGGGAUUAAAAUGCAGCUGUCGUUAGGUACAAGACAAUUAUUACUUAAUUGUGUGAACAUGUUACUUAUUAAUUGAGGAUAAAGGAAAGAUGAAAAGUUGUGUUUUUCAUACAUGUUUGAUGGUUCAGAUAAAGUUUACUAAAUAGAGGUGUGUUUUUAUACAACAGUAUUUAGGCAAAAAUGUAAGAUUGUUAAAGAUUUUUUUUGGUUUUGUUUUGUUUUUUUGCAUACACUGCCACUAAUAUUUUAGAAGACUGUUAGGGCUGUUUGACCUCUUCCAGUUAGAAAAUGUGAGUUAAAAGAAAAAAUUGAAAAAGGAAGGUUAUAUGUUUUGUUUUUAUUAUUUUAUUUUUUUAGCAUAUUAAUGUUGUGGUCGUGACAGCUUUAGACUUGUGUAUGCUGCCUGGCAUGCUGUCACUUUUGAUUGCUGCUCCUGUUUAUUUUAACUAACUUGCUUCACGCUGUUCUCGGCUGCUCUUUCAAUCAACAUUUUUUUUUUCUACCAGGGACAAAGAUCACAGUAAUAAUAGAUUGGAUUAGGUUAGAUUUAAGCAUUAGUAGGUUUUUAUUUAUUUUUUUGAGAAAUUUAGACUGCCCAGUUAUUUUACCCACGAUAUUUUCUCCACAAUUUAGAAUGUCUAAUCCCCUGCAUCGCAGCAAUUCUGCACACAGCUCAGGAAAACUGAAGGUUCAGUGGGUGCCCUUCAAUCCCACGACCAAGCCAGUGAGCUAACAGUGCUGCAGGUGUCUGUCUUAGUUCACCAGGCGCCUUGCCAGUAGGGUCCGCUGUAGCACGAUGAGGAAAAACAUCCCCUGCUGGUUUAGCCUUCCUAACCCGCAGGAGCGCCAGCUUAGCACCGCCAGGACGUGUGUGAACAAAAAAACAAGUCUUUGCCUUUUUAAACUGUUGUGUUUCCUGUCAGCAAUAAUCAUUGCACUGCCGUGUAAGUGCAGCAGGUGGUUGAAAUGAAAAUGCACUACUCCUGAUACGUUAGCACCACCUGAUGGCUCCAACAGCACAUGCAAAUUGUCCUGACAGAAAUGACAGAUGUUAUGUAAGAUGCAAGGCAAAAUAAGUAACAGCAAUCAAACAAAAAUGCUUGUUAAUACAGAGCUCCAAGUCAAGUCAACAAAUAUACCACCAGUUCAGAAGAAUUGAAACACCAUACAUCCCAAAAUAAGUGUGAGACAUGGAUAGUGAUUAGGGAAGCGGUUCAGAUUUCAGUGACUGGUGUAGUUUUCCUCUGGUGGUUUGAGUUGACGUGUUUCAGUCCAAGCAACACUGCUUCUGAUAAACGCCAUUAGCUGCAGCACCAAUCUGAGUAUUCGACCAUGUCAAUAAUGUAGGCUACAGUACAAAACUAGUCUAAUUUUACAAUAUUGGAAACUAAAAAUUAGAAUUUGCAAAGCUGAAAAUCUAUGGAUAUUUAAAUAAAUAUCUGUCCAGAAACUUGAGAAGACUGCAUCUUUUCCUUAUAACCAAUAUAUAACCAAUAAGCGCACUACUGAUACCAGAGUUAUUGUAGUUUUUUAUUUUAUUAUUUAUCAUGUACGAUAUGUAGGCAUUAGUUUUUUGAAGUAAGAGCGUAUAAGAGAACCCUACUUUCCUGAUAAUUAACAAAUUAGAUGUCUUUAAGCCUGGUUUUAUUAUUUAUCGCUGUGUAUUUACAUGAGCAGUGUUAGCGCAAGCGUUUUAAUUUCACUCUGCUACUCUGUGUGUGUGUGUGUGUGUGUGUUUUUUUUUGUGUUUUUUUUCUGUUAUCCAGCAAUGUAUUGCUUCUUAGGGCAGUUCUUACUGUGUAGAAGAAAAGAGAUAAGGCUGUAACUCUAAAUUGAAAAAGCAACUGUUUGAAAGUUAAGAAAUGUUGAUGUUCCUCCUACGAUUUGUAGUGUAUUUUAGAUGUCAUGAACACAAACUGAAAAGUGCACAGUUGAAGCUGCUGUUUAAUUUCAAGUAUGGUUUUUGAAAGGAUUAUUUCGGCAUACAGUACCAGGUGAUCUAUAUAAAAUGUAUUCGGUCUUUUGGUCAGUGAUUACAGUGGCUUCUCUUCCUGUAUUGCUGAAUUUCCUUUCCACAGUGCAGUGCAGGUGUCCAGUGCAAGAAGCAAAUACUGCAGUACAGUCUGCCUCCUCCUUGAUGCCACUUAACAAAUAGUAAUUUAUUAUGAUGAGCCACGCGACUGGAAACCAAACCACUCCCAGACUUGUCUUUUAAAAUACAUAACUCUUGAAUGGCGAAUAUUUUCUAAAAAUAAGAAAUACAGCUCACAAAUAAUGCUUUCUGUAAUUUAUUUCAACCCUUGUUGCGUAUCUAGUCUGUAAGCAAACCAUUAAAAUAAAAUUCUCCAUGUAAAAAUGUAGCGUCAUAUAGUACACAAACGAUUUGAGACCGUAACAUAAACGUGUUUCUGACAUUUAAUUGUAGUUCAUUGCAGAUCGGUUCUUAUUAGCAGUGCUGACAGCCUUACUUUAAUGAAUCUUGUCGGGUUUCAAUUCAGAAUUUGGAUACACUACAAAAUACAGGUCCAUAAACCCCAUGUAUCGUAGUUACACUGUCUUUAUGAUUUACUAAUAUUUACUACAUGCACUUAAAACACAAGAAUGCGAUUGUGAGGAUGAAACUCCAUACAGUAACAACAUGCAUUUAACAGAGGUAUGAUACCAUUGUGUUAUAAGUACAAUUAUUACACAAUGUAACAACAGUAUAGUUUAGCUAAUGUAUGUGUAUUUUAAAGUGUAUCCUUGAUUCUUAUGGCAAUACUGCUUUUUAGAAUUGUUAAAUACUGAGUAGAAUUCUUUAUGAAUAAACAUUUGUGUGGAUAGACAUGGCUUUCUGUUGAAUCACUUUCACUAGCACCAGGAGGUAAAAUGCUAAUACUGCAGCUUCUCAUUCUUACUGGAAUUCAUAGGGUGAAGCUCUUUGCUACUUCAAGGCCUGUAUAUCGUGACUUUAUUGGGUUUGUUCAAGCCAAACCGAGGCUGUCCCCUUUGUAUGGCAAUAGCUCACUCAAUCUCACCAUACCUGAUAAAUAAAGAAACUAUCUGGUUUGGUUAAACAUUAAACUGCAGCAACAGGUUUUGAAUGUCAUUUUAAGAUCGUCAGAGUUUUGGCCUCAAUCUUGCUACUUUUGUUUCUGGUUUGGAACGGAUGCUGUUGAUUGUACUUUAUUAACAGACAGGACAGCCUGUCUGUUAAUAAAGUGCACAUCAUUUUAACAAUUAAGAUCACGGUCUAUCUAUUAGUAGGUUUCAAAGCACCCAGUGUACAAGACUCUUUCCUUACUGUUAAAGCCAGCCAAUCUAUUUAAAUGAUAAUAAAAUCUAAGAACCCACAGUAUUGAACAAAAAUGUAAAUACUAAUUCAGCAUCCCUUUAUUAAAAGAUUUCAGCAAUUGCAAAUGUUCAUUUGAGUAUUAGUAGAAUUAACAGUUCUUUGCAUAUAACCCAUUAAAUAUAUUAAUCUUGAACCAGUACUGUGUUUUCUACAACAGCAUAAAUUUCUAUUGUUUGUUAAGUAACACCUGGAAUACUGACUAUUUGAACAAAAUUUGACAAGUUUGGUAGAAUCAGUCUUGAUGUUGCUGGUAGUGUACUAGCUCAUAUAAUGCAGGUGAGAUCUCAGUUUGCUUCAAACUCAAAUAUCUUGGUACGUUUCUUGGCCUGAAGGUGUUGUUUCCUGAAUUGUUUUAAUACACAUUCAAUUAUUAUUUAAAUCAGUGAUUUAAAUGCAAUUAGUGGCAGGAAUUCAAAUGACAUAAUUCAGUGUUUACUACCAGUAACAUGUUUUUGGACUAAUCCUUCAAAGAAAAAAAUCAAUUUAAACAAAAAAAAACACAACCACAUGUACAGUAAAAUCAACAAUUAUUCACAUCAGCUAUCACUUCUUGUAGGCCAGGACUCCACAGAAUGAAACAUUUUCAUGCCUUCAACUGUUUUCUUUGCGUGAAACAAAACAGAUUCUUUUCAUAAGAGGAUACUGACCAAAUUAGAAACACACAAAUGAUUUCGAUCCCAAAUUAUUUUUUAUUUUAGUAACUGUUAAAAAGCCUGUUUAAUUCUGAUGGACGAGUAAUAUCCUAUGGAAGGAGAUUAUAUAACCUAGCUUACUAUGUAACAGCAACUGUACAGAUACAGUAUUUGUUAAUAGAACACAUGUAAUAUAUAUAUGCCUUAUAUAUUUUCUUAAUAUAGAUUCACUAAAAGUGAUCAACAACCAGAUAUGAUAUUGAGUCCAGUAACUUCCUUUGUCUCUUCAGUAUUGCCGAUUGUUGUCAUAUGUAUGUAAAGAGUAAAAGUAGGCCAAAUAUACUACAGUGAAUAUUCACCAUACACUACAGCAGAUAUUAUAACAUUUCUUCAAAAAAACGAAGCUCACAAGAUGUAUGUAAGCCAAUGUCUUUUUUUAUUUUAGUUUUUUUUAGUUUUUUUCUCUAAAUCUAGUUUGUUUGGCCAGAUGCAAGCAAGCACUGUAAUAAGUAAAAAAAAAAAAAAAAGUAAAAAAAAAAAAAAUGUUUUAUUAAA